UGAGUCAUCAUUGCUGUGGAAAAAUAUAUCUCUCCCUCUUCCUCUCUUCUUCCCUUUAAGUUCUUUUCCCUCACUAUAAAUUAUAUCUAUCCCAUUGCACUUUUUUCUCUGCUCAAACUUGAAUAUAUAAUUAACCCCAUAAUCCAAUAUUUUUAAGACCCUCUCCUUUUUCCCAUCAUAAUUUUGAUCUCCCAUUUCUCUUACUGAAACUCAAAAUGUGCCAUGCAACAUCACAGUUAGAGUCAUUUCAGCCCUCUUGCUACACUGAUUUCCACAGGCCACAGUUAUCUAAAACAGCCAAGAUACAUGUGCUCAAGCUAAGAAGGAAUGGUGGGAGAUUAUCGAACGAAGCAAAGGAAAGGGCAAAGUUGAGGAAAUUGAAGAAAGCAAUGAAGAUGAAGAACUUGAAGCUCUACAAUGAGAACAAAACCAUAAUUGAAGAGAAUGAAAGGUUGCGCAAAAAAGCUCUUCUUCUUCAUCAAGAAAACAAAGCCUUGUUCUCUCAGCUUCAACAAGUAUUUCAACCACCCAACCACGAUUAAUUAUACUAGUAACUAAUUAAGUUAGCAUCAUAUUAUGAAGCUCUAAACGGUACUAUAAUUAAUACACAUUAAUACUUAUCUUUAUAUAUUUUGCAGUAUGAUAGCUAAUAGCUUGACCGUAUUCUAGUUGGUUGUUUGUAUUUUAUUUUUAUCAUAUCUUGUAUUCGAUUUGUUACUACGUGGAAUAAUGACUUACUAUGAAAAUUUGAAGGUUUCUUUGGUUUCGAGGA